ACAUGAUCCAGUUCGCCCGGCAGGUAUUGAGCCCGAAAAACCUAAAUUACAUAUCGCUAUUGUUUGUAACAACCAUGCGAAUAGCGAUGAAGCCUAGAUACCGACUGGUAUGGAUUUUGAAAAGAGGGUGGGUGCUUCCAGAAUCUCCGAGAUGGCUUCUGGCCUUAGGCCGCACGACAGAAGUGAUGUCCAUUCUAGAAAGCGCCUGCAAGUUCAACGGGAAGAAACUUCCUCCGAACUUGGACAAGCAGUUGCUUCCGGGAGCAAACGAUGAACCAGUGGAAAACGUGAGCGUCCUGGACCUGUUCAAGACCGUUCAGAUGAGGAAAGGACUCUGUGCUUGUUUUUGAUCUGGUUCAGUGUUUAUUUAGUAUACUAUGGACUUGUGCUGAAUCUGGGAAAUAUUGGCGGGAACCUUAUGUAAACUCGGUAAGUGAAAGGUGCAGUAAAUAAUGUAAAGUAGGCAAACUGAAAAGCUAGAAUGAACUAUAGAGCGAUCGAUUAGUAUGUAAUGUCUAAUGUAAUUAUCAGGAUUUCCAA